GCAGACUGUACUCAACUCAGAACUCGGGAAUCGGGAACGAUGUCCAGGUACGGUACACUACGGUACAGUACCGUACGGUACAUCCUGCCGCGACCUCUUGAGUGGUUCUCCUCUCCACUGGUACAAUCGAUCAGCCAGUCGGAGGGAGAAGCACGAAGCAACAAACCAUCCACACUCCUGUCACUCUGCACACUCGAAUCCAAGUGUGGGUGCACGCUGCAUUUGUGUGGGAUGCUCAGGUGAACUCAUCGCGGCACACAAAUUUGCCCUCCCCAAAACAAAGGUGAUCUUUACUAUUAGAGGGUUUCCAAUUCACUUGGCACAUUCAAAGGAAGCAGCCAAGCAUUGAGGUGAAGAUGAGGAGCGGAACGUUUACCAUUGAUGAUGGCAGUACAGACAUGGUUAUAGAAAAAGAAGCAUUCCGGCGGGAUGUGGAGGCUGCUCACUCCUCGUCUGUGUUGACUCGGGUGGAAGGUACCAGAGCUACAGCUAUUGAUGAUGGCAGUACAGACAACAUGGUUAUAGAAAAAGAAACAUUCCGGCGAGAUGUGAAGGCUGCGCACUCCUCGUUGAAAGGUAGUACCAGUGCUACAAGUAGCGGUAAGGCGCAGCAGCAGGUUCAGGUUGGUGCACAGGCCAUGUCCGGCUCAAGCAACCGCAGUAACAGUAGUGCCAAGCGAUUGGGAGAACGCAAGACAAAGCGAUUGGAAGAGGAGGAGGAGGACAUCUGUAACACAACUGAUGGGGGAGUGGAUUGGGUCGAGUCUUCAGUUCCCACUACCACAACAGGCACAGGAUGUCAUCAUCCAGGUGUUCGGGACGUAGUGUUUCCCCAACUAUCCGGUGAAGAGCUCGAUAGGCUGGCUGUUCCGGCGCCAAGAAGAUCCCAGCAAUCCAAUGCUCGUGCCAUGCAGCCAGGAGCCUAUCCAGUGGAACGGAUGCCACGGAUGCAACAGCGCGUCCCAGUCCAAGAACAAGAGCACCAACAAGACGUCCGAAGUGUUGCUCCCUGGGAUAUUACCGGCAGGCCAUCCGAACACUUUUCGACCCCCAUGCCGGAGAGCAACGGCGACGACUUGGCCGUGGCCAAUUUGAUUGAAGGCCAUUCUCAAUUUCUUGCAGCUCUACCCCAAGCUGAGGAAUUCGAUCAAUUGGCAGACCAAGAACGAAAGAAAGAAAAACAGGAAAAGCGAUCCAAGACGUAUGCUUUUCUCGGAUGUAUUCUUCUACUUGUCAUCGUUGGGAUCCUCGUGGCGGUUCUGGUUCCUAGCACAAGGGAAACAUCAGCUGCUGUGGAGACGACGGCCACAGCUCCAAGUACAAUACAAUCCAGUCCCACCACUUCUCCUUCAGCGGCCCCAUCCUUGUCUCUGGAGGAAACCAUCAAGGCCUUGUUCGAACAAGACACCCUCCACGCCUUGCAAGACCCAGAGUCGCCGCAGUCCAGGGCAUUUGAGUGGUUGUUGGAAGAUGCCCAAAAUAUACCUUCCUACACCACAGAUCAUCGCAUCAAGCAAAAGUUCGCCCUUGCCACUCUCUAUUAUGCCACCAAUGGACACAACUGGGUUCGGAAUGACAAGUGGCUCAACCAUUCCGUCAACGAGUGCUUGUGGUAUAUGGCACCCGAUUUUGCCAUGAAAAGUAUUAUGGGAACAGUCUACCCAGGAUAUCUGUCAGAGUUCUUCCCUGAUCAGACACAACCACCGAAGACCUGCAACAGUCAAGGCAUCUACCAAAACCUUUGGUUGGACCGAAACAGUCUCGCUGGAUACCUCCCCGAAGAACUCUACAUGAUGACCUCUUUGCAGACCAUUUCAAUGGGAUUCAACCAUCUGGAGGGAUCCCUCUCCAGUCGACUGGGCAAGCUGACCCAACUGGAAGGCUUGGUCAUUUUUAAUCCUCCUUCCGAGGGCAACAUUCCUUCCGAGCUGGGUUUGCUUUCGAAUACACUACGGGGCAUUGGCCUUGCUGGCAGCAAUCAUCAAGGGCCCAUUCCUUCGGAAUUGUGGCAACUCACCAAGCUGGAGACCUUUGCCCUCAUGGACCAUCCACAUAUGCAAGGAACCAUCCCUUCGGAAAUCGGCCUGUUUGCGGAUCUAAAGUGGAUUAUUCUAGAUUACAAUGACUUUUCAGGCACGAUUCCAACCGAGCUUGGCCAACUGGAGAAAUUACAGUGGGUUGUGUUGAAACACAGCAGGAUCACUGGGACCAUUCCCAGCUCACUUGCAAGGAUCAACAACAAGCUUACCAUAAACCUCAGUAGCAACAACUUGGUGGGGACCCUGCCAAGUGAGCUGGGAUUGCUCACAAAACUUUCGUUUGAUAUUCAAGUCGAGAACAAUCGCCUCACCGGGACCAUUCCAUCUGAACUUGGCCUUCUGACCAAUUUGGGGACGGUUCUAGAUCUUCACACCAAUCUUUUCACAGGAACCAUUCCAACCGAGCUUGGGCAGUUGUCGGGGGCACAUGAGCUCUAUUUUCAAAACAGCCAACUCACUGGUCCGAUUCCAAGUGAAUUUGGCUUGCUCACCCGUCUUGGCCAACUGAAGCUGGCAAACAACAGCCUAUCCAGCACAAUCCCCCAAGAACUGUCUGAUUUGCAGCCGUCGCUACACACAAUUACAUUGAAUGCAAACCCCAUGUUGACUGGAACUGUGCCAGAUGCCAUUUGCAGAAUCAAUGGCACCUGUGUAGUAAUUCCAAUGUUGACCGACCCCUCCUGUUCGGGACCAUUUGGGGCUUUCUUUGAUUGCGGUGCGGACGGGCUGUGUGGGUGCGACUGUCCCUGCUGAUAAGAGGAGGUAGCACCUAUGCAUGAUAAAUUGCAUCUACACGUAUAU